CCUCUACGGCAUUUAGUUUACAAAUUUUGCUGACGAGUUGCAUUGACCAGUGACUUAGCAUUUCGCUGUUGUGCUAGUUGUAGAAUAAUCGUCGAUUGCUCCGGAACACAGCUGGAACUGAGCAAAAUGUCUAUGGUAGUUUUUCGAGGAAAUUUUGCUGAGAAUCUACGAUUUGGUCAUGUUUUGGAAAUUUGCGGUAAAGCGAAGGAGGAGGCUCAAAGUUUUUCCAUAUCCCUAAAAUCUUCAACUGAUGUUUCGGCGGAUGAUCUUAACGUGGGCCUUCAAAUAUUGGUUAACUUUAACAAAAAUGUUAUUGUUCUGCGGAAACAUCUGAACGGUGAAUGGUGUGAUGAAGAGUCAAAAGCCUAUGAGACCUCCGCCUUGAUGAAGGAGUUCAAAAUCUAUAUUGCCAUGGCCGAUGAGAAAUUCCAUAUCAGCGUUAAUAAGGCCCAUUUAGAUUUUUACAAAUAUCGGCUGCGUCUAUCUCUGUUGACUGUGUUGGAAAUCGAUGGUGAUUUGGAUUGUGUUCGUCAGGUGGAUCAUAGGAAAUAUUUUCCCUAUUCUUGGCCUCCCAUUCAGGUGGUGGAAGAGCGUUUGCAGUUUAGUGGUGAUGUUCCAAUGCCUUUUAAAUCUGGCCACAUCAUGGUAAUCACUUGCAAGCUACAGGGCAAUGAAAAUGGCCGUUUUGUUACCCAGUUAAGGAAUAUAACGGACAUGGAAAGGCAAGAGUUCCAUAUGAGUGUUCGUUUUGACACCAAGACACUGGUGAGAACAAGCAAAACCAUAGCCGUGGAGGAACAUUACAAAUUUGGCGAUGAGGAAAAAGGUGGCAAUUUCCCCUUUGAGGAUUUUCUAAAACCCUUCAGACUUGCAUUUGCCUUUACCGAUAAGCAACUGAUUCUAGCAAAAGAUGGGCAAAUACUUUUUGGAUUCAAAUGGCGAUCUCCCCAUAUAUUGCCCUUAAUCGGUGGCCUAAAAUUGUUUGGUGUCAAUGGUGUCCAAAUGGUAGUCAGUCAACUUGAUCACAUUCAAAUGGAGGAUGAUAUGUGUCAUGGAUUUGAAAGUUAUUCCAUUUUGGAUUGUUUGGAAAAUGAGUAUUAAAUUUUUAAAAAUAUGUAA